UCCAGACACAGACUCUGGCAUAAUCCGCGUAUGGAACGGCCUUGGUUUGGUUUAACAGAGAGAAAGUAAGCAAAGUCAAGGCCCAGGGGCGCGGAUUCAAAGCAUUCCUUUCUCCUGGGCAUUGUUUUCUUUCAUUCCAAGCUCUCUGGUUAUGUAACUGUCCAAACAAAUCCAGACAUGAAAGGGAAAUACCCUAAGCCACUGAAGCGGUGCUGCUUGUUUACGCUCCGGCGUACCCGCGGUGGCAUCUUGGCAGAGUUCGCACGAGCACAUGGCAAGGAAAUCCAGCACUUCCUUAGACAGAGGGAAAAAAAGAAAAAGAGAAAACACGCCUUCUCCUCUUUCAUUUCUGACACUGAGCCCACGUGCCGCACAUCUGGGCUCCUCUGAAAGGAAGCGCUAGGAGAGAUUUAUUUCAUCGAGAGAGGACACACAAGCUAUGCCUUGUCCAGCCUGGACAUGUGCUUCUGUGACAAGGGGACCGCUCAGGACAUGGGCACAGUGCCUUGAGUGAAACACUUCCUUCUUUGUUGAGCAAAUGAAUUUCCUUAAGUUGGAGGCAGGGCGGGAAUCUAGCUUUCUUAACAUUUGAGAAGUAGCAGUUUUCCCAUUUUUAAAUCUGACGGAAUAGAAAGUUGCUAAGAGAAGCUAAGGUAAAUAACCGAGAUCACUCAGCAAGCCAGGUACAGAAAACACGGGUCCAGACAUAAGAGCUCUGGUGACCUGGUUCUAAAAGGCCCCAACCUCUCUUCCCAGGCCUCAGCCCGGUAAAACAUCCUCGGAAACCAUAGCAGAGUUUUCCAAGUUUUCAUUUCUUCUGCAGUGUGCACCAGAUCUCGUAAUUUCUCUCGGUUCUUACGAUUAAUUACCGUUACGUUUAAAGCCAAUGCUAUUCACAAAGUUUGGUUUCUCAGGUUCAUGCAGAGGUUCUCAGAAAAAUCACGUCUUCUUAGAAUUGAGGUAGAAAUAUUCCUCCUGUCUGAUCAAAAUGCCAACUGACUUUGUGACCUCAGGCGUCAUUGUCUCUUUUUCUGUUUGUGGGGGGCAAAAAAAAAAGAGGUGGUAGUUUUGCUUCUAAGGAACAUACUUAAGAUAUCACAGUUAAGAUUUCAGUUUGCAAAACAGAAUGCAUUUCCAGGUUUGGGGAUAAAAGAUGCCUAUCGGUAUCCAUCAUUCAUUUCAUUUAUUUUGACACUGUGAGAAAUUGAAUCAAGCAAUUAUUUUCCUUUGUGCCUCAGGUUGAAACUGGCCAAGGAAAUUUAACAUACAGGAAUUGAUUUGAAAAUCUCCUCAGAGCUAUGAAAAUAACACACAUUUGUGGUUUGAAAUGUCACAUGCUAAACAUCAUUCCAUUAUUGGGCGAUCCCACUCCUGUUAAUUACAGGGACCUUCAAGUACUGUGCAAGUGUGGCCCAUUCCAACUUGUAAAAUUAAGUAACUUUCAUAAAAGAAUUUCCUGUAGAUUUUUAAAUACAUGAACAUGCAGCAUUUCAAGACACCACUAACGGCAUAAAGGGAACUCUGCCUGCAUAUGAUGUCAUUUGUGCAUGGCAUAUAAAUGUUUCCAAAGAAAGUGAGGUGCAAAUUAAGAAAAAUAAAGCCUGACACCGUAUAACCUGGAGAUCACUCUGUAAACUUCAGGGUUCUUCCUUUUGCCCUCAAAUAUAUUAUUUUCUGACUCUGUGCUUUUCGCGUAUGUGAUGGUCUUCCUGCCGGAAAUCCUCUCUCAACUGUGACAUUGCUCCACCUUCAUCCCGCCGGUGACAGUCCUGUGCCCCAACGCAGCAACCUCCUCGAAGUGGUUGAAACCAGCUUCAAACCCUCUGUGAACCCUUAAUCAGCAAUCCCAGGUGAAACCAGCACCUCCCCCAACCUUUGGUUCCACUUUAAUUGUUCAACUCUCAUGCGAGUUCCCACUCAGCAGAAUUCGGAUUAUUUAAGCGACCACCACGUCUAGUCCUUGGAGUGCUUCCAGAGCAGUUCCCGUGUUCCUCGUCCUGGUAACCUCAGGGCAGAGCCUGUGGCUGGGUCUGCCAUGACCCCGUAGGUUCUCAGCACAUAUAUGUGCCUUGAAGGAACCCCCACACACCCCAAUACCAAACUUAGAUGACUGCAGUGGUUAAUGAGGUGCGUUUAGGGAAGAAGACGGAGUUUCUUUCACACCCCCAGAGAGCAGGGCAGGCCCAUUGGAGAAACUAAAUUCGCAUUCUGUCUCUACAGCUUGAGGAUUCAAAGAUGCCUCAGAAGCACAAACCGUGUAGACUCUUAUCUCCAGAGGCGGCCAUUUUUCUUCCCUCCCAGCCGAGGUUUUGACAAACACUUAGGAGGCAAUUUGGUACAAGUGUUGGGGUUGCUUCUUAGAAAAAAACAUACAAAUGAACAAACAAAACUUUUGAAAGCAAUCUGUCCGAGGCCUGACACAUCCUGAACGUUUCGAGAGAAAUAGCAAGAAAAAAAAUGUUUCCAUGGUGAUCAUUUCACAAUGUAUACAUAUAUCAGAAUAUCAUGUUUUCUACCCCAAAUAUAUACAAAUUUUGUCAAAAGUUAAAACCAAAUGAAUGUUUCCAUACAUAAUUUCCUUCAGCACAAUUCCUUAUUUGGGAGCUUUGAAGUAACUACCCCGACAGGAGCAGGAGGUGUUAAAACGCUUCCCAACAUGCUAGCUUUGCAGGAAUGUCCAAUUGCUUCUCUCUCUGUGAGGACGAGAAGGAAGGGGACAUUCCUUCCACCCGGGUGCCUGGCUCUGAGCUUUCUCUUCAUCUCUGCUCCCGAAGGUCUUCUCAGCAAACACAGGGGCAAUGAUCUGAGUCCACACCAGCUGUCGGUUUUCUUCUCCCUCUUAACAAAAGCAUUUAAACCAAAAGCCUUAAUGAAAAGAGAGAAAGAAAAAGUAAUGCAAAUACCUCUUUUCAAACACUACCAAAUAGCACCACUCUGUUCUCUAUGUGUAUUUAUAAAACAUAAGGACAGGUAGAGACCCAUUUCCAGCUAAAGUGUUUAUGAUAAUAAAAAAAAAGAGCAAUUUUAUUUUUUUUCCCCCACUGUGUGGUACUUUUUCAGAAAGACAAGAACUGCUGAAGGAAGAAGUCUCCCAGGGCUAGAUUCUAAUUAACUUCUGUACCAAUUGCUGAUAACAUAGGCAAUCACUGUUCUUUAGAAAAUGGGGCAGAGAGUCUAAAAGAUCAUAAAGACAAGAUGACUAAUCAGCUAAGACAUAGAACUGUUUCUGCCAGUCUGCCACAAUUUUGGAGAAUGGCAAACAAAAUAUAGUAGAUCCUGUAUUUGAUAUUCAGUAACAUAAAAGUGCUGGUGUAUGUGUCUUGGAGCCGAGACAUUGAUCUGGAGGUAUGGAAAAUACUAAUCCUGCAGUCCAUUACUCUGCGCAGCCAGCUGCAGAACUGUGGUAGAGUCAGAAGAACUUGAAAUUUGGAGUGAGAAGACGUGAGUUGGGGGUUCCAGUUCUGGCUCUCUUAUUUAGGAACUCUGUGAUUUUGGAUCAGUUAUUGUAUCCAUCAGCUGCAUGAAAACCACAAUGCCAGGUACCAUGUAACAGGAAACCUCAGCUUCUCAGAAGUUUGCAGAGUUUCGCUGAUCUAGGCUGGGCUCGGCUGAUCUUGGCUGGUCUUGCUCAUUUGUGAUUCCCUGGCUUGCCCUAAGUCUAUAAGCGAGGUUGGCUUUUUGCCUCCUGCUGGGAUCAGCCUGGGUGUGUCUUUCCCAUGGACAUUUUCAAGCUUCUGUUUGCACCAUAUCUGUUAGCAUUCUAUUGGUCAAAACAAGUCACAUAACCAAACCCUGAGAAAAUGACAGAGAGUGACAAAGUUACCAUGGAAAAUGGCAUGGAUAACGAAGUGCAUGGAUAAUUGGGACCAGAUGAUGCCAUCUACCACCACACUUAAUUCUGUCGAUCUCAGGCCAUCAUCUAUUAAAUGGGAAUAAUAAAACACCUUUGAAAAUUAAAUGAGAUGGUACUUAAAAGUACCUAGCUCAACACCUGGGGAAAAAAAAAAAAAAACAACUGAUGCUCAAUAAAUACUACUUUCUUUCUAUUCACCUCUCCAACCUUGUAAAAUGGAAAUUAAUACCUGCCACACUCAAUGGGAUUAUUGUGGGGUGCUUAAAAGGGUUAAACACAUGUGAAAACACUUUGAAUGAGUGACAAUAGCUCUAUAGCAUUUGUACUGCCAUCGCUUCCAGAAUGUUCAUCUUUACACAGACACAAAGAAGUUCCAGCUCUUGGACGUUAAAUCACAAUAUUCAUUGAGCACUUGUUUAGCAUGGAGUCAGUGGAAAUUUUCUCUGUGCUGCGUUCUGAUUUUUGUAUUAUAAAUCAAAGCAAAUAUGUAUGGCUUAGGAUAAGGGUCAGAGAAAAAGGGGAAAGAAGGUUUGUAGUGUUAAGUUUCAGUAACUCCCUUAGUGUUACCCAGGAACUGGUUUAGGAAGAAGGACUUUUCUAGCUGUUAUUACCGUAAAGCCUAAGUCUUGAUGGUGAUGUUUCCAGACAAGAAGUAAAGAGUGAUGAGGAGGUCACAGAGGGUGAAACCUCAGCGGUUCUCGGGUAACAAUCCUCUUACCUUAAUAAAUCAAGAACUGUUUAUGACACAAGGCAAUACAAUCCUCGGAUAACAAACCUUAAUUGUGUGGCUCGCUGUGGUCCCCCGAGACUCCUAGGGGCCUAGAGAAAUUAACCUCAGAAAAGGCAGAGAUGUGGCAAAGAAAGAGUCAGUGUCUUCGUGCAAGAGAGAUGGAAAACCUGAGUCUCUGACCGUGACGUACCUAAUGGCCUUCGUGACAUUUACAAGUGCUCAUAGUUUAGAGAAGUUUAUUAUGAGGUUAUUAUUUCUCUCUUUUUUAAAAACAUGGAAAUGGAGAAGAGAGUAGCUCAAAGGACAGGGCAUUAGCUAAGAGAGGCUCCGUGGUGCAGGGACAUUCCCUCUGGAGGUCAGAACCCUCCCCUGCCUCCCCCAGCACAGAAAGGAACUUCCUUCGCUCAGAGUUUCAGCUGAGAUGAGUUUUCCCUUGCAGGGCAAACAAUUGAUAUUUUACCAGUUUCUACAUAUUGGAUAUUUAUUGACUUUUUUCCCCCUAAGGUUGGCUUAACCCCAGAUCAUAAGUUCUGCCCUUUUGGAGGCUAAAGGACCUUUCUUUGGACAUGAAGUUGCAGGGAGAGAGUGCCCCAAUUCAAAGAAAUCUGGGAGGGGGAGACGUGAAUUGCUGUUCCCACUUCUGAGUAUUUUGGCGACAAUGAUCCUAGUCAAGAAUAUCAGGAUGCCUAAUGAUCUAAUGAUCAUUCUUCACUGACAUCACACAUUUAUUGCCUAGGUUAAAACAUUUCCUAAACCCCCCUGCCCCUCCCCGCCACCUCUCCCCUCAAAAAGUAUCUAAUUAAUGACUUCAUACAUACACAUAAAAGAUGGAGUCAUCAGUAAAGGACUUGGAAAUGACAGGUAAAAAGUUUGGCAGGUGUGUUCCAUUUUAUAAAUAACUAUCUUUGAUAAACACAGGACUUUGUGUUUGACGAGUCCCUCCUACAGUACCUGUCUUGAAGUAGAUGGUCAAUGAAUAUUGGUUUUCUAAAUAAAUUACUGAAAGUUAAUGUAAUAAUAGCCUAAUAAUAUGGUUUUGGUUGCUUAUUUGGCAGCUGCUAAUAUAGAACAGAAACUUAAAUAUGUUUUUAACUUUUUAUAUGUCUUAUGUCAGUGGUGUUUUUUGUUUGUUUGUUUGUUUGUUUGUUUGUUUGUUUAGUGAAGUAAGAUGAAACAGAUACAGUGCACUAGUAGAACUCAUGAAACUAAAUGCAGGCCCUUGUGUGGAAAAUAGCAAUGAGACGAGAACCUCCCUUGUGAGGGAGGGGCUUAAGGAGAUCGUAUGAGCUAAAGCAGGAUAAUCACAUAGGUCAGUACCCAGCAUCAGGUAAGUGUUUACCAGCCAUCGUCAUCUUCAUCUUUAUCAUCAACAUCACCAUCACCUCAAGAGCUAAUCAACAGUCUCUGGCUCCUCUUGGUUCCCAGGGGUUUGGUUUAGUCGGGAACCUCUUAGACUAUUAUGGAAAUAUGGUGAAAGCCCCAGAAUCCAGGGAUUGGAGGGCUCUUUGUAAACAACUGGAAGAGUUACACUUUCCUAAGGGGUAUGAUAUUCAAAAUUCACAGGAUAUUCAAAAUUCCUUCCUAAAGUACCUUCCUUUGGCUCAGGAGGGCUGUUCUGGUUCCAAGACGUAUGCUUGGAGUUCAUCAGAAACUGACCAGCCUUAAACAUGUAGUCAGUCUAGUGCUUUAAAAUCUUUACACAGUCCCCCCUCUGUUCUACCCACUUUAAACAGAUGCUUUGAGGGGGCGGGGUGGUGUCAGGGUCAGAGAGAGUACCAGGAGGUGAGUGGGUGAUCAGUUGUGCCAAAGACAAAAAAGAAGAAAAAAAGAUGAAGGAGAAAACUCUUGAGAAGGAGGAAUAACUAGGAAUUCUGGUAAGGAGAUGUGUGGCAUUAGGAAGGGGCCAAGGACAAAACAGAAUGCUUCAGAAAAGAGUAGCUGAAAGUGAAACAGCAAAUAAUGAAUGUAGCUUGCUCUGAUCAUUGAAGAAUCGGUCAGGAUGAAAGUCAAAUGUAGGGCAUGAAAUGAGCAAUAUCUCAACCAUGAAUGGAUAGCAAGCCCAUUUUAAUGUUCCAGGACCAAUAACUGGGGGAGGUGAGGAGAAGCAGCUCUGUCUUGAAUAAGCAAGAGAGGUUUCCCUCCCAUUCCUCCCCCCCCCCCAAAUAAAGCCCUUGAGAAGAUAGAGAGUAAGGUUUGGGGGAAGAGGAGAAAAGAGAGACUUAAAGAUGGAGGUAGAGGAAUGCAAUUCUUGGUUUUUAGUUUCAUUGGAGAAAGUUGAUAACAAGCUACAGGUAGGAGAAGAGUCACCGAGACAGAGUGAAGGUAGACUGGAAGUGGAAAUCAUGUCGGGGGGGUUACAGUCCAAGAGAGAACCCCAGUAACGUGGAGGCAGGUUGAUAGAAAUAGAGAGAGGACAGAGGGAGGGGCUCAGUGAGUUGGCUGAGUUUUGUGUCAAACCUGCUAGAGAAUAUAAGGGCCAAGGGGACAAAAGCUCUGUGUACCCUCUCUUCCACUGUGUCGUCAGAGACUAGAGCAGGUUCUAGCACAUAGCAGGUGCAUUACAACUGUUUGUUGAAUGACCGAAUGAGUGAAAGAAAAGAUGAGGGCACCCCAAGCACUAGGAUACUGGAUAAAUAAGUAAUGUUUAAGACACUAACAAAGGAAAUAAGGCCCAGAUGUCCCCAGAAAUAGCAAGAAUCUUUUCUAUAAGGGCAGGGCGUUGCACUCAAUAUGUUGGGGCUACUGAAUAUUAGUCGGGAUGUUAAGACUCUGGUCCGAAGAUGUGUCUGGUUAGGUGAGAAUGAAAUUGCUGCCAUGCAUGUAAGGUGAAGCACACAAAGGUUAAGAAUUCGAGACUAGCCAAGGGGGUGAAUGCCGGUGUAGCUGGCGUGGAUUCUGAAGUUCUUUAGAAUGCAGAUGUGUGAACUGCAGGAGAAAAAGCAGGUUAAUGAAGGAUGAAAACAUCCAUAAAAGAGGAGGCAGGCUGGGGGGCAGGCUGUGACUCCAUCUGGAAGACAGUGUGUGGAUCACCCCUCCUUGAAGGUGUAUUGGGUGUACGCGAGCCACAGAUGGGAAGAGGAACGUGCUCCAUCCCAGGGACAAGGCGCCGUGGACAUCGGCCUUAAAUAGACUUGACCAGUUCACAUAUGGCGUUUGGGUGUGUCACGUAUAUGAUGCGAACUUGUCCUCGCACCUUGGUAAUGGCAUAGCUGUGCUUAGCGAUAAUUAAGGACUCGCCAGUUGAAGUAGAGAGAUCGAAUUAUUUCCACAGAGAGGAUUCCUCAAGCACAAGGAAGUUCGGGAGAAUCUCAUCUUUUCAACUUCACGUCUUUGCCAUUUUUCUUUCAUUGUCUGUUUUUUUCCAAGUGACCAGCCACGCUGAAUGAAAUCAGUCAAUCCUGAUUUAUUUGGAGUCCUGGACACACACAAACCCACACACACUCAUGCUUACUACUUAAUGUUCAACUGUUCGGGAAUGGAGUCCAGAAAUCUGGUUUUGAAACUUUGUCUAAGAAGGGGCUAUGUGUUUCUAAACAUCUGUUCAAGCUGCAAAAAAAAAAAAAAAAAAAAAAAAGAAAAGAAAAUCCAUUUAACUAUCCAGAUGUUACAUCUACACUGGGCUAAACAUGGAUAUUUAGAAAUAUCCAAGCAGUGGAAUUUCUUGCUCAGCUUUCUGCACACAAGUCAAAAAAUCAGCUGAGUAAUGGUGUCAACCGGACCCAUUCCUAUGGAGGGUCCCAUUUCUUAAAAGAGGAAUGAAUGAAUGAAUGAAUGAAUGAAUGAAUGAAUGAAUGAAUGCGGCACUGGCAGCUCUAGAGAGAACAAGUGGUGGGUGCUCAGGCGCAGCUCAGCCCCCGUCGCCUGCUGUCCUGGGCGAGCUGCUGCCCCGGGGGUGGCUUCAGAUCACUUUCCUUGGCUCAAAUGUGUUACCUAAGACGGGAUCAUUUGUCAAGUGAGCAGGGUACACAGAGAGCUGCAGGCAGAUUAUGGAAAGAGAGAGGGAGGAGAGGGAGGGAGGAGAGCGAGCGCGGGAGAGGGAGAAAGAGAAGGGGGACCAGGGCGAGGACAGGAGCCGCUGGCUGCUCCCCGAGCAGCAGCGCUUUGCUUGCGCUGGGGAUUCAAGUUAGACCCGGUGGCAGGCGGUGGAGGCGCCACCCGGGAGAGCGGAGCCCCUGGCGGCUCCGACAUGGCUCUUUUCAUGUGGGAUGCUUAAGGACACCGCAGCAGAGAGAGUAACUUGCAGAACAGAGAAACUGGCAUGAGGAUUCCGCCAAAAUGGAAGGGCUCCUGUCUCCGAUGAGGACGAAGAUGACGGAGGGCCGUCGAUGUCAAGUACAUCUUCUUGAUGACAGGAAGCUGGAACUCCUAGUACAGCCCAAGCUUUUGGCCAAGGAGCUUCUUGACCUCGUGGCAUCUCACUUCAAUCUGAAGGAAAAGGAGUAUUUCGGCAUAGCAUUCACGGACGAGACGGGGCACUUAAACUGGCUUCAACUAGAUCGGAGAGUUUUGGAACAUGACUUCCCUAAAAAGUCAGGACCCGUGGUUUUAUACUUCUGUGUCAGGUUCUACAUAGAGAGCAUUUCGUACCUGAAGGAUAACGCCACCAUCGAGCUCUUCUUUCUGAACGCCAAGUCCUGCAUCUACAAGGAGCUUAUUGACGUUGACAGUGAAGUGGUGUUUGAAUUAGCUUCCUAUAUUUUACAGGAGGCAAAGGGAGAUUUUUCUAGUAAUGAAGUAGUGAGGAGCGACCUAAAGAAGCUGCCGGCCCUUCCCACCCAAGCCCUGAAGGAGCACCCUUCCCUGGCCUACUGUGAAGACAGAGUAAUUGAGUACUACAAGAAGCUGAACGGCCAGACGAGAGGUCAAGCAAUCGUGAACUACAUGAGCAUCGUGGAGUCCCUGCCAACCUACGGGGUUCACUACUAUGCGGUGAAGGACAAGCAGGGCAUCCCGUGGUGGCUGGGGCUGAGCUACAAAGGAAUCUUCCAGUAUGACUACCACGACAAAGUGAAGCCAAGGAAGAUAUUCCAGUGGAGACAGUUGGAAAACCUGUAUUUCAGAGAAAAGAAGUUUUCCGUGGAAGUUCAUGACCCACGAAGGGCUUCGGUGACCAGGAGGACGUUUGGGCACAGCGGCAUCGCGGUGCACACGUGGUAUGCGUGUCCGGCAUUAAUCAAGUCCAUCUGGGCCAUGGCCAUCAGCCAGCACCAGUUCUACCUGGACAGGAAGCAGAGCAAGUCCAAGAUCCAUGCGGCGCGGAGUCUGAGCGAGAUCGCCAUCGACCUGACCGAGACGGGCACGCUGAAGACCUCCAAGCUGGCCAACAUGGGCAGCAAGGGGAAGAUCAUCAGCGGCAGCAGUGGCAGCCUGCUGUCCUCAGGGUCUCAGGAAUCAGACAGCUCCCAGUCGGCCAAGAAAGACAUGCUGGCUGCCCUGAGAUCCAGGCAGGAAGCUCUGGAGGAAACGCUGCGUCAGAGGCUGGAAGAGCUCAAGAAACUCUGUCUCCGGGAAGCGGAGCUCACGGGCAAACUGCCUGUCGAAUAUCCCCUGGAUCCAGGGGAGGAGCCGCCCAUCGUUCGGAGAAGAAUAGGCACGGCCUUCAAGCUGGAUGAGCAGAAAAUCCUGCCCAAAGGAGAGGAAGCCGAGCUGGAACGCCUGGAGCGAGAGUUCGCCAUCCAGUCCCAGAUCACCGAGGCCGCCCGCCGCCUGGCCAGCGACCCCAAUGUCAGCAAGAAACUGAAGAAACAAAGGAAAACCUCUUACCUGAAUGCACUGAAGAAGCUGCAGGAGAUUGAAAAUGCAAUCAACGAGAACCGCAUCAAGUCCGGGAAGAAACCCACGCAGAGGGCUUCGCUGAUCAUAGACGAUGGAAACAUCGCCAGUGAAGACAGCUCCCUCUCAGAUGCACUUGUUCUUGAGGAUGAAGACUCUCAGGUUACCAGCACAAUAUCCCCCUUACAUUCUCCUCACAAGGGACUCCCUCCUCGGCCACCGUCGCACAACAGGCCCCCUCCUCCCCAGUCCCUGGAGGGACUCAGGCAGAUGCACUAUCACCGCAGCGACUAUGACAAGUCCCCCAUAAAGCCCAAGAUGUGGAGCGAGUCCUCCUUGGAUGAGCCCUAUGAGAAGGUCAAGAAACGCUCCUCCCACGGCCAUUCCAGCAGCCACAAGCGCUUCCCCAGCACGGGAAGCUGUGCCGAAGCAGGAGGAGGAAGCAGCUCCUUGCAGAACAGCCCCAGCCGUGGCCUCCCCCACUGGAACUCCCAGUCCAGCAUGCCGUCCACACCGGACCUACGGGUCCGGAGUCCCCACUAUGUCCAUUCCACAAGGUCGGUGGACAUCAGCCCCACGCGACUGCACAGCCUCGCACUGCACUUUAGGCACCGGAGCUCCAGCCUGGAGUCCCAGGGCAAGCUCCUGGGCUCGGAGAACGACACCGGGAGCCCCGACUUCUACACCCCGCGGACUCGUAGCAGCAACGGCUCGGACCCCAUGGACGACUGCUCGUCGUGCACCAGCCACUCGAGCUCGGAGCACUACUACCCGGCGCAGAUGAACGCCAACUACUCGACGCUGGCCGAGGACUCGCCGUCCAAGGCGCGGCAGCGGCAGCGGGCGCGCGCGGCGGGCGCGCUGGGCGCGGGCAGCUCGGGCAGCAUGCCCAACCUGGCGGCGCGCGGCGCGGCGGCGGCGGCAGGGGGCGCGGGGGGCGCGGGCGGCGGCGUGUACCUGCACAGCCAGAGCCAGCCCAGUUCGCAGUACCGCAUCAAGGAGUACCCGCUGUACAUCGAGGGCAGCGCCACGCCGGUGGUGGUGCGCAGCCUGGAGAGCGACCAGGAGGGCCACUACAGCGUCAAGGCGCAGUUCAAGACCUCCAAUUCCUACACGGCCGGGGGCCUGUUCAAGGAGAGCUGGCGCGGCGGCGGCGACGAGGGCGACGCGGGCCGGCUGACGCCGUCGCGCUCGCAGAUCCUGCGGACUCCGUCGCUGGGCCGCGAGGGCGCCCACGACAAGGGUGCGGGCCGCGCCGCCGUCUCGGACGAGCUGCGCCAGUGGUACCAGCGCUCCACCGCCUCGCACAAGGAGCACAGCCGCCUGUCGCACACCAGCUCCACCUCCUCGGACAGCGGCUCGCAGUACAGCACCUCCUCCCAGAGCACCUUCGUGGCGCACAGCAGGGUCACCAGGAUGCCCCAGAUGUGCAAGGCCACGUCAGCUGCCUUACCUCAAAGCCAGAGAAGCUCAACGCCGUCAAGUGAAAUUGGAGCCACCCCCCCAAGCAGUCCCCACCACAUCCUAACCUGGCAGACUGGGAGCUACAAUGACAGCUGUUUCCUGGAUUCCUCCCUUUAUCCAGAACUAGCUGACGUCCAGUGGUACGGGCAGGAGAAAGCCAAGCCCGGGACUCUCGUGUGAGCCAGCCCGGCCUGAUCUGACCGCCUCAACGCCAUUCUGAGAUCACCUCACUGCCUCUCAUUUGCCUUACCCAGACACACUGUCACCCUGCACCAGCUUUGGCCCUCAGCACUUUUUUUUUUCUCCUGUCUCCGCAUCCCCUCCCCCUCAAAAACCUGACUGAGGAGACAUUCUGGAAGGUUCCGGUCCCACUGUGUGUCCUCUGGCUCUCUUGCCUACAGAGGGCCAGACACCAAUCCUCAAUGGCACCUUGGUGGCUUCCCCCUGCCAUGACAGAGCCCCCCAAGGCCAGGAACCGUCAGGGAGGCCGGCUGGCAUCGAAUUCCUGCGGACAAGCAGCAUCGGUGGAGAACAGGAAGGGGGCUGAGUACAGGGUGAUCCGGAAGGACCAUUAAGCUAUGUCCAGCCUGCCACCCGUAGGCCAACCAAGCACUUCCUUGGAGAGGACGCCUCGUGGGAUAUUCGGCUCGUACCUGAAAUAUUCCUUAACGGGACAGCCUGGAGGGAGAGUGGCUCUGGGGAAGGGGGGAUGAAAAGGAGGCUCAGCACUGCAGACAUGCAUCGGAGGAUCACAAUCAGUUCUAUGCUGCCAAAGAUUAAACAAAAAAAUAAUAAAAACCACAAACAAGAGGGGCCAAGAGGAAGACAUUCUUUCUGCAAGGAAAUUUCUUUCAAAUUCUAAACCGCUACUACACACAAGUGAAAGUCAACCAUCUGUAAAUUGGUGUUCCCUCUCCCAUAAUGGUCCACUUCACUCUCCGUAGAAAGCCUGAGAAACUAACCCAGUGUGAUGGUAAAGACGAGGGAGUCUUGGGUGCCGCAGACCCUCCACCGGUCUGGACACGAAGGAACAGAGACCCGAGGGGAGGAGCAGAGUGUACUGUCACCCUGGCCUACGCAGGUGGUUCAGCCCAAGACUCAGCGCUGCUUUCCUUUCAGGAUUUGCAGUCAACAUAAGGUGAUUAAUUGCCAAAAGUGGUUCUCUCUCAUUAAAACAACCAGUAAAAGUGUAUCCUAUUUUUUUGCACAAGGUGUUUCAUUUUCUUUUUUAUGGGAAACCAAGGGAAAAGCACAUUUGCGAUCCAUUCAAGUGUUUUCAAUGUCGUGGCUCAUUUUAUGUUUGUUAGCACUUGUGUGACAAAGAGCUCAGAUCCGACUUCUAUGUGUCACUUAUUCUAAGAACCCAACUAUGCCCUUAGGUAGAAAGAUUUGACUCAUGUGUCUACUAGCCAGCAGGCAGAGCAGGGUUGGAAAAAAAAAAAAAAAAAAAAAUCAGCUCCCAAAGGGCCCC